AUGCAGCCCGAGGACAGGAAACUGGUGGAGGAGGCCGUGAGGGACCAGGGCGGCAGGGUGACGGUGGGCGACGUCGCUGCGCGGACAGGCCUCCCGCCCGGAGAGGUACAGGCGGCCCUGAACAAGCUCGCCGCCGACAGCGCAGCGACCCUCGAGGUGUCGGCCAGCGGCGACAUCGCGUACUCCUUCUCUCCUGAUUUCUCGUCGGCGAUCCGCGGCAAGUCCUUCCGCAUCCGCGUCGUCGAGCCCGCCCUUGAGUUCAGCGGCCGCGCCCUCGUCUACAUCGCGCGGCUCUCCUUCGGCGUCGCGCUGUUCGCAUCGAUCGCUGUCGCGUCUGCCGCCAUCGUCGUGCUCAUGUCCAGUGGGUCGGACCGCGACCGCGAACGCGGGCGGGGAGGCGGCGGCGGCAUCACGUUCGGCGGCGGCGGCGGGGGGUUCUUCCGUCCGUCGAUGUUUGACUUCUACUACCUCUGGGACCCCUUUUGGCCGUACGGUCGGUCCUACUACAGGGACCCGGAGGAGAUGGGGCUGUUCGAGACGAUCACGUCGUUCGUGUUCGGCGACGGCGACCCGAACCGGGACUACGACCGCAAGCGCUUCGCGGCGCUGGGGGAGUACAUUCAGUCCCGGGGGGGGGUCUUGACGUCGGACGAGCUCAUCGCGUUCUCGGACCUCACGCCCCGGGAGGCGCGGAUCGCCGCGGAGGAGCCCGGGGGCCCCCACGUCCUCCCCGCGCUCCUGCGCUUCAAGGGCACCCCCGAAGUGGACCCUGACACAGGUGCUAUUUUAUACGUCUUCCCGGAGCUGCAGACCACCGGCAGCAAAGCGUCGAUCAGGCGCCCGACGACCGCGGCGGCCCCCGCCGAGGCCAAGUACCGCCUCACCCGGGCGCCCACGGGGAGCAAGGUCCUCGUCGUCGCCCUGGGCGCCUUCAACUUCUUCCUGGUGGCAACCCUCAGCUCCAUGAUGGCCAACCCCGCCGCGAUGGCCCAGCUGGCCGCCAACGGCAUGGGCUACGUCGGACCGCUGCUUCCCUACCUCCAGCUGUACGCGCUGUCCUACGCCGCGAUCCCCGCGGUGCGUGCACUGCUGAAUGUGCAGCGCAACGCCGCGAUCGCGCAGCGCAACGAGGCGCGGAUGUGGGCGAUGAAGCGCGUCCUCAGCGACCCCUCCGUGCAACGGGCGCUCGAGGCCGCGGGGUCCCGCGCGGAGAAGAAGCUGGUGUCGGGCGACGACGUGAUCUACCGGACAGACAGCGCGGUGUCGGAGCAGCCCGGGUCGGGCGGGAAGAAGCGGGACAUCGAGCUGGAGGAGUUCGACAAGAUGCUGCGGGAACGCGAGCAGCGGCGGUCGCUGCGGAGCCACCCCGUCGCGGAGGAGGAGAGUGCCUGA